GGCAACAAUAACAGAGAAAACAGUAUGCUAAAACGUAUUAGCUUCUAACCUGAAGCGACGUCGGGAGAGAGCUAGCAAGAAUGCUAACAAGAUUGACGCGAAACGAAAGUGACGAGUCAAACUGAAACUACCGUCUGUUUGAAAGACGAGCAGCGAGUUAAUUAUUAUUUCGGUUGACAGUAAAAGCAUCAUGGACUGGAAUCCUUCGCCUGCUCAGGUCGUCCUCUUGGCUACCAGCUCGGCCCUGAGUGCCGUCUUCUACAAUGUGUACAGGAACAGAGCGGCGACAGUGACCAAAUUAAAGGAAGCCAAGAAAGUUGCCAUAAACCAAGAUUUGAAAUUGAUCCUGUCAGAAACACCUGGAAGAUGUUUCCCUUAUGCUGCCAUCGAGGGUGUCGUGAGGUCCGUGAAGGAAAGUCUCAACAGCCAGUUUCUCGACAACUGCAAAGGUGUCAUUGAGAGACUGACUUUGAAGGAGGAGAAAAUGGUGUGGAACAAUGCCACUCACCUGUGGAGCAACACGAAGAAAGUCAUUCACCAGCGCACCAACACCGUUCCGUUUGCGCUCAGCCCCCACGAUGAUGACAUCACUGCCACUGUACGUAUCAUGCGCCCGCUAGAGGCUGCAGAGUUGAAUCUAGAGACCACGUAUGAGAACUUCCACCCAGCAGUGCAGUCCCUGUCCAGCGCUAUUGGCAACUUCAUUAGCGGCGAGCGACCCAGAGGCAUUCACGAGACGGAGGAGAUGUUGCGCGUGGGGGACAGCGUCACGGGCGUAGGCGAGCUGGUGCUGGAUAACAACGUCAUUAAGCUCCAGCCCCCGAAGGAAGGCUUCUCUUAUUUCCUCACUCGGCUGGACUAUGACGCCCUCCUGAGGAAGCAGGAGAGAGAUGUCCGACUGUGGCGGAUUCUGACCGUGAUCUUCGGCGUCGCUGCCUGUUCCACCUUCUUCUACAUUCUGUGGAAGCAGUAUGUGUGCCAGAGACAGAGGAAGCGUGUGAGGCGCAUGCUUCAAGAGUUGGACGAGCAAGAGAGGAAAAACAAGGGAGACCAGAACGCGGAGGAAAGCGGCGUGCAGUCCAGCAGGUGCACCGUGUGUUUGCACCAGGAACGCUCGUGCGUCUUUCUGGAGUGUGGUCAUGUGUGCACGUGCACCAGAUGCUACGAGGCUCUGCCGGAGCCCAAAAAAUGCCCCAUCUGCAGGGCAUCUAUAGACAGGAUGGUGCUCAUUUACAAUAUCUAAAGGUAAAUGGUCCAGCUUGCAUUACGCUGAUCCUUUUCUUCAACCUUCCUUACGUUUUCACGGGUGUGGGCACCAGACUAAAUUGUCUUGAGAGACUUGUUUUGUAUUCAUUUCUCGAGGGAGUAGGAGAAUGUAGAAGAAGUUUUUGAACUCGUGGAUGUCAGAAUGGUCAGUUUACGACAGCAAAAAAGGCACAGACGUACAAGUAAAGCAAUGUAAGUACAGUACGCCGUAAUAGUUGACAACAGGAAUGUGGCAAAUUCAGUGACAGAUCCCCAACGACAGUCAUGAUGACAACGGCGAUUUGCAAAGUGUCACUUUAAACCUCAAGCUAAAAAGCUGUUGAAAUGUCUGGUGGUUUUGGUGUGCAGCGUUUUUUAUAGCCCCUACCGGCGGGAAAAGUGGCGUCCAGGGUGGGAUGAGUCAGGAUUUAGGCUGCCAGUUUCAUUUUCCUUUCAAGGGGUGGGAGUGGAGGCGCGAGAGGAAAGUGUCACAUUGAGGAGCUGAGUUUCCUGAAGGAGUAGCCCACAGCAUAACGUCCCAAUAACUGAUGUUUGGAUGUCAACCUGAAAGAGUGAGCUUUUUAUUUUAUUUUCUUCAAUUGAUUUGAGACCGUAUUUAAAACUGUCAAUCAGUUGUACUGUGUAUUCAUUUUUCAACAUUUCCAUCAAGUCACCUGUUGAAAAUCAAACCUACGGUUGAAGAGAAAGCUACAUUGACCCUUUUCUUCAUUCACGCUGCCUCGAUGGGAUGAAAAGGAGUUUGCUUGUGAUGCCACAGGGAAAAGGAGAGGCCGUCCAGAAGUGUGUGACUGACGUAAAGGGGAAGAGGUGCAGACAGACAGCUUCACAGUCACGUCUGGCCGCAAUGAUGCCAGCGUACGUUAUUUCCUUCCUUUGGAUUGGGUGGGCCAAGUUUGAUCAAAACACGUCUGUAGUGAUGUGCAUAUGAAUAUUGAAUAUAAUAAAUGGUGAAUUUUUGGUGA